UCCUCUUCUCGCUUUCAGGACGAGGCCAGCCAAUCUACCAGUGAGUUUCGUAAUCAGCCUAACCUGAGUCCCACCGACAACCAAUCACCGCUCGUUAAUACCAGAGCUCAAGGGGACUUACCUGGGCAGCUCACAGCAGAUCACCUUGUCAGCAGAGUCACCUGAAGGAGGGACUGGUCAGCCUACCUGACUCAACUACGCAAUCAACAAUCACGUCAAUUAGUUAUCUGCCCUACCUGUUAUUGAACGAAUCAAGUCAUUGUUCACAGGAAAGUUCAAAGUAAAGACCAGUGACAUUGGAAAGUGCGUGUGAGAGUAUGAAGAAAAGGAGACAUUAACGAAACUACAAUCACUUAUAUUCAAUCCCCAAAUCCGUGAGAUCGCAAAAGAACACUCGAAAGACAGGAAAGAAAAAUAAGGAAAAGAAACCCUGACCUCAAAACCACAUCGCAGGAGACCUCAUGAAUGGGAAACUUGAGCGCAAAGGUGAGACAAGCCAUCACUCACCCUCGUGUUGUGUUAUUGGAGACAAAUGCACCUUGAGAGUACUUGAAAUGGUUUUGCAUUAGGGAGCACCUUAAACAGGGGAAGGUGAGAGGAAUCCUAAAACCACAAGUGGGCAAUGUGACAGGACUUUACGCAACUUGACGCCGACCUCAUAACUCUGUCGAGCUAUGGUUGAGAUGGACACGAUGGAUAUGGAUGGAGAGAACACCGACGUACCACUGGACGAGGACACUGGCAUCGAGCCGUUCCUCACCUUCCUGCCGCCUUACAUCCUCUGCAACACGACCAACUACACGAAGCUGCCGCUCUGCAACAAUGACACGAAGUUGGUGGAGGAAAACCAACAUUUCGAGUACGCCUUCAUCGUCGCUAUCGUGGUGCCCAUCAUCUUCGGCAUCAUCGUACUCGUGGGUCUCUUCGGCAACACCCUCGUCGUCAUCGUCAUCAUCGCCAACAAGCAGAUGAGGUCCACCACCAACUACCUUAUCUUCAGGUUGGUUCAUUUCCUUAAUCAAAAACCUCUUGAGCAGCGAUGCCAAAUUGUCGUACUCUGA